AUGUACGGCAUCACCAUUGAUAACGCCCCAAGUAGGGUCUAAAUCGGGAAAGCGGGGAUGAUAAGGAGUACCCAACAUAGAGUCGAGAGGGAGAGUUGAGCCAGAAAACUAAAUCCUUCAUGAACAGCGUUUUGACUCUUAGGCUGGCCACAUUUCCAUUACCUGCCUCAAAACCAUCUCUUUUGUGUGUUUUACUGUUUUCUUUACCCAGAAGUCACCUGGAUGGAAGAAACGUCAGAGGAAACGGUCAUCUUGAUGGAACUAACGUCGGAAGAAGCUCUCAUCUCGAUGGAAGGAACAUUGGAGGAAACGGUCACAUUGAUAGAAGAAACGGUCACCUUGAUGACGGGAACGUCGGAGGAAACAGUCACCUUGAAGGCGAGAACGUCAGAGGAAACGGUCACCUUGAUGGAUGGAACGUCAGAGGAAACGGUCACCUUGAUGGAAGGAACAUCAGAGGAAAUGAUCACCUUGAUGGAAGGAAUGUCAGAGGAAACGGUCACCUUGAUGGAAGGAACAUCAGAGGAAAUGGUCACCUUGAUGGAAGGAAGGUCAGAGGAAACGGUGUUGGGAGAAGCAGUGGUGGGCAAGCGUGCUACAGGACGAGUCACCUGGAUGGAAGAAUUGUCUGAGGAAACGGUGCUGGGAGAAGCAGCGGUGAACGAGCAUGGCACAGAAGGGGAAGUCGAGGUGAGAACGCCGGUUGGCAUUGCCCCGGCCUGUGUGUCUUUCUGAUGACCUUGGCACAGACUGGCACGCUUUUCUAAAGCUGCGGGGGGAUUUAUACCUACUGUAGCUAUGUGCUUUGUUCUCCUGUCAGGCCUCGACUGCUAAGCCCGUCUUGCGCAGACCCAGUGUGCAUGUCGCCAGGAGGUGCAGUGUUCUAGCAAGCGACGUAAGUAGGAUUCAUCCUCUGUGUUCUCUAAUACAGCCUGUUGUUAUUGUGGGAGGUUGUGGCAGGAUUCACUGCAGUCCAGUAAUGGGCUAUAGCCACCUGUAAAGGAUUUGGAGGAAAGCCCUUGAUGGAUUUAGUCAUGCCUACACUACAGCACCACAGAUUAAGAGGUUUGUUGGCCAAUCUGGCGAUAAUUCAUCUGGAACAAAAUGAGAGGGUGGACCCUUUUUUGUGCUCAACACCCCUAGGAGAUAGAGAUUACUAUGAAAGCUAAGCUCAAAGAGAGGUGAGUCUGGAGUCUGAAGGUGUCCUAAAAUAGUACUGCUAUUACUAGAGAGGAAAGGCACAUGGGAACCAAACAAGCCUAGAAAUGUAUAGAUUAGAUCACAAUUCCCUCCCUCUACUCCAACUCAGAAGAUAACUAUAAUUUUGAGUAACCAUGGUGAUAUGAUCCCUCGAAUGAUAUGAGUUCUUUAUGGCUUUCAAAGGGAAGGAAUUACAGUUUGUGCUGCCUGUCCAUUAGAUAAGAAGCCAUAUCUAGUGAAGAAGAACGAAGCAGCUAUUUUGGAUUUCAGCUGCUUAUCAUUCAGAAGCCCCCACCCCUUCAUUUUUCCUCUGGUCAUAUGGAGAAAAAAAGUGAGGGCGGGAUGACUGGUUAGAGAGGUUUGUGAUUGGCCAUUUGAAUGUUUCCUUGUUGUCCGUCAACAUAAUACACCAAUUAUUUUGCACAAUGAAUCUGCAUAAUUACUAAGUAUCCAUCUGUGAUGUAGAAUAAUUCCGACAUGUCUCAAAGUGCUCUCUAAUUAUGACACCCACCACUUAGUGGAGAUAAAACCUUUAGCAACUGCUGGCCAUACAAUUUUACACGAUAGCGGAGAAGCACACUGGCUAUUUGAAUACUUUUGGCAGGACGAAAUACAUUGUUGAAACAUGAUUACAGGACAUAAAUGAUGAACAUUCUGACACUACAGUAUAUUACUACAGUAUAUUACUUCAGUGUAGUUUUUCAUGUUCAAGAGGGGUCUCUUUUCCUCUCUCUUCAUCGUCCCCUAGUUGAAUAAAUGGAAAGGCCAUCUCUAUUCCCCCCUGUUCUGGAGAUGUAGAAGCUUUUUUUGCCUGACUUUUUGCUGGUAAAAUGUAGAAGGUCAAAUAUAUGCCCCCAUUGUAAUGCCAUGCCAGUGUGGCACAGUGUCCAAAUGGAAAAGCAUUGAUAAGCAGUAUCGGCCAGAGGAACAAUUGUCUAGCUGAGCUUUUGUCUCCUUUAUGCUGUAGCUACAAUAGACACUGUAACACAACCGGUACAGUCAGACAACGUGCCAAGCAGACCCAUACACUUAAGUUACUGUAUUCAUUAGUAAUGAGCUCUUAGUGCACGGUCACCUAUAUAAAGGGCCUUAUUGGUUUAUUAGCUUCCAAUUGGCUCAUUAAUCUACUCUCCUCUCCACUGUAACUAUUCCCCAAGUCGUUGCUGUAAAUGAGAAUGUGUUCACAAUCAACUUACCUGGUCAAAUAAAUAUAUAUAUAUAUAUACUGUCUAUAUAUAAUAAUAAUAAUUUGUCAUUACCUAAUUACUGUAGCUUGCGAUAAGCUUAUCUUGAACCAUUAUGAGGCCCAACAUAUCAGCUGACACCCUACAGGUUUUAACCCUUUGCAGACUGUAACUAUGUGCUUUGUUCUCCUGUCAGACCUCGGCUGCUAAGCCUGUCUUGCCCGAACCCGGUUUCGCCAGGAGGUGCAGUGUUCUGGCAAGUGACGUAAGUAGGAUUCAUCCUCUUUGUUCUUUAAUACAGCCUGUUGUUAUUGUGGGAGGUUGUGGCAGGAUUGGCUGCACUGUCCAGUAAUGGGGUGUAGCCACCUGUAAAGGUUUUUGAGGAAAAGCAGCCUUUUCUUCAGGCCUGUGUAGAUAACGAUAUGCUGAAAACAAUAUGCUUUGUAUCGACCUGUAUUUUACUGUUUGUCAUGACACCAUGUUAUUAAACUAAUAAAGUUGUCCUUCGAAUAAGGUGGGUGGUGGUGGGGCCUAAGAAAGACAAAAGAACAAAACAUAACACCUCUCUCCUGCUAUCCUGUAGGUUAAGUACAAGGAGGUUUAUGAGAAAUCCAAGGCCCAGAACCUCUUCAUUCCCGACGUAGAGUUUCAGCAUUCAAAGAACGUCAACGCUUUCAUCUCUGAGGUGAGUUGUGUGUUGUUGACGUCAUUCUCUGUCUCUCUCUUCUCUCUCUCUCUCCCCCUAUCUCUCUCUCUCCCCCAAUCUCUCUCUCUCUCUCUUUCCCUCUCCCCUCUCCUUGGCACCUUGGCAAGCCGCAGACACAAAACAUUCCUCAGCACUGAGCUUUGUCAUUCCAGUCACAGUGUCUGUCAGCCCUGUGAUAUAAGGUAUUGUUUUGGUGCUCUGCUUGUGGAUAGACUGUCCUGUUGAUUGUCAACAGUGCCUUUUAAAGUGCAUUCUGCUCCUGUCAACACACACAUUCAUAACACACACACACAUGCACGUACACACACACAGAUACGCACACACACGCAUACAUUAUGCACAUAAGCAGACACACAUGACAGGAUAGUUGAACAGUUGACUGGACAAAACUCACAUCAAUAUUCAACACGGAUGCUUCACCUGAAGCUCUCACAAGCUUAAUGGAUUCAGAUAAUGUGACUUUUCACUGUGAAAAAGGCUUGGCUGGUCUUUUAAACAUGGAAUGACCAUAAAACAAUUGUUUUUCUUCUACAUUAGCUUCUAAGUGCUUACAAAACGCAUAAAACAACAGCUAGUGCAUUUUCCGGCUGGAAAAUUCCUAGUGAAAGCUAGUUUUUUUCCUUAGCAACGUUCAAAGCAUUAUAAACGUAGUGCACCCACGGUAUUUUUAUGUUUGAAAGUGUGUCUAAUAAGCUUGUCAUUUGAGCUAUGUUCAUAAACGAUGAGACACAGGUAUUUUUUGUGUUUGUGCAUUUGUGUCUAAAAUGUUGUCUUAGCAUGGAUGCUAUGUUCAUAAACUGAGACACAGGUAUAUUUUGUGUUUGUGCAAUUGUCUUAGCAUGGAUGCUAGUAGGGAUGAUUUGUAUUGUUUUUCCAUCACUGUUAUGUUUUAGACCAAGUACAAGGAGGAAGGAAAGUUGGAAACAGCCAUGUGUCUCUACUCAGUGCUCCCAGAAACAAUGGCGACCCAACACGCCAGAGAGGCAUCCGAGCUACAGAGUGAGGUAGUGAGAUCACACCAAACCUCCUUGUUAUUUCAGCCUCUCUGACUUAGCUACACGGAGGCGUUAUAGACUGCAUAUCUCCAGCCAGAUCAUCUUGAGCCUAAAGUCACCCUUCACAGUCAUUCUGAAACAGGUUGUUAUCGUAAAAUACUAUUUGUGCUCGAAGACUUACCUGGCUUAACAAAGGUUGAAUAGAUUCAGUCGAUAAAAAAAGUAUGUUAAAUGCCACUGAAACACUUUGGCUACAGAUAAAUAACAAGGAUUACAGUAGAUAUUAAUAGAAUAUUAACUUGGACUUUUUCCAGAUCAAGUACAAAGGGAAUGUGAAGACGGAGAUAUCCACUUCCCUCUACUCACUGCUCCCGGAGACCCUUGAGACUCAGUUUGCGAAGGAGCAUUCGGACAUGCUGAGUGAAGUGAGAGCUUUUCCAACUUCUGACACCAUUUGGCAAAAUUGAGAAUGAACGACAUUCAAAUCUGAUAUCAUCCACUUGAGUGGCUGACGCAUCAACCACAGUGCCAAGAAGAUUCAUUCACUUGGCACUGGUCUUGUAGUGUGCCUAGGAAUGGCAGCGUUUUUUGGAAUGUGCUUGUUUCUUUUCCAGAGCAAGUACAGAGAGGAGGGGAAAAGGGAAAUCUCCAGCAGCCUGUACUCCCUGCUUCCAGACACCACUGAGAUGCAGCUCUCUAAAACGGUGAAAGAGUUCCAGAGUGAGGUAUUACCACCCUCCUCUUCCUCUUCUUCCGCUCAUCAUGAGGAGGAAAGAUUUAACGGCUGUAUGGUAGAUUUAGUGUUCCGCACAUUGGGUCACUGUAUUAACAUUCUUUAACAUUCUCCCCUUACUGAUUGGCCAACCCGAGAUGGUUAGUGACGAAGACUUCCGGGUACCAAGCCUCCACGGUCUGAUGGGCAAUGAAUUGAGUCUACUUCCCAGUCAGACUAUGUUAGCCACCACUCAAAUCCCAUGACCCCAGGCAUGAUCAAUAUACCACUGUCAGUACUAAACACAGCCUAGAGUGGUGAGAGCAGAAUAAAUGAGUCAAGCAGUAAAAACCAACUAAUGCUAUUUCUAAGUCUCCCGAGUGGCGCAGUGGUCUAAGGCACUGCAUCGCAGUGCUAGCUGUGCCACUAGAGAUCCUGGACCCAUGGGGCGGCUCACAAUUGGCCCAGCGUCAUCCAGGGUAGGGGAGGGAAUGGCCGGCAGGGAUGUAGCUCAGUUGGUAGAGCAUGGCGUUUGAAACGCCAGGGUUAUGGGUUCGAUUCCCACGGGGGGCCAGUAUGAAUUUUUUUUUUUUUAAAUAAUUUAUUCACUCACUAACUGUAAGUCGCUCUGGAUAAGAGCAUCUGCUAAAUGACUAAAAUGUAAAAAUGUAUCUUGUGUUGCAGAACAAGUACAGGGAGGCCGGGAAGAGAAGGCUCUCUACUUCUAUGUAUUCCCUGCUACCAGAGACCAUGGAGAUACAACACGCCAAAGAGGCUUCUCUGCUACAGAGUGAGGUAUAUUAACUUCAGUCCACUUCACUUCAUUGGGCUUAUUCACGAACGUGUGUGAAGUGUGAAGACAAUCAACAUUUAGAAUCAACAUUGACAUUGAUGACGACACAAGGUCACACUAACAGCCAUAGACAACAGUGAAAAUGUGAGGCGAGGGGAGACGUGUUACAGUGUAGGAUCAUUCCUAGUGUGUCCGCACCAUUGAAAAUAAUGGAAUUAAAUGCACUAGCGCUUUAAAAAGUGUGUUUAGUGUGGUACCCGUCUAAACCCAAGACAGUCACUGCCCUCUACUCAGUAAAUAUGAAAGAAAAUGUGCCAACUGUUGAAGUGUUGAGCCUGAAUUAGAACACUGUGAUUAGUUGCUGUUCUCUGUAUCUCCCUUUUCAGAUGAAAUACAAAGAAUUAAGCAAAGGUGCACCGUCCUCCCUCUACUCUCUACUCCCAGAGACCACAGAGAUCCAGUUUGCCAGAGAGAUGACAGAGAUGCAGAGCGAGGUGUGUAUUCAUUUGUAAAGUCAGGGAACUAUAGUCUCAGAGCUAUUUCAAGGUUUAGAACCCCAAAAUAAAAGUUUGUGAGAUGUUUUGUAUACCUCAGAAGUGGUCUGAAGUUAAGCUCAGCCUCAGUCAAUAAUACAUGUUAAGGCUUGCUUAUUGUCUAUGCCUGGGUUUAAUUCAUUGAGCAUUUUUGCAUUGUCAUCCUUCAGAACAAAUACAAAGAGAGUGGAAAAAGGAAUGCCUCCAGUUGCAUUUACUCUCAACUAGCAGAGACCCCUGAGACCCAUUUUGCUAAAGCUGUGUCAGAACUCCAGAGUGAGGUAUGGACAUCAAGAACACAAAAAUCAAAGCCAAACGUUAGGUAACACUUUACUUGAAGGUUAUUACCUACAUAAGGACGUCAUAACCCACACAUAUCACAUUCAUAAGCAAUUUUUUUAGACAUUUUAGUCAUUUAGCAAACGCUCUUAUCCAGAGCGACUUACAAUUAGUGAGUGCAUACAUUUUUCAUACUGGCCCCCGUGGGAAUGACAUAUGUCAACAACCGCAUAAUAAAAAUAUCAACAUGCGGUUGUUGGCAUUUGACGUAAGCGUUUAUGAAAUACUUAUAUACUUGUGGUAUGUGUGUUAUGAAUGUGUUAUGAAAGCCUUAUGUAGGUACAUUUCAAUUGUCCUAUUUUUGUAUUGUAUAUUUGGUCCUUUUAAAGGGAAGUCUUUUUUAGCUGUCCUGAGAUGUCUGUUAUGGUUUUCGUGUCAGAUAAAGUACAAGAAGGCAGGGAAGAAGGGAGUUUCUAGUUUUCUCUAGUUCUCAUUUGAGGUAGCCAAUGUUUCCAUGUGAUGUUUCCUUUAUUCCAGCUAAAGUACAGGGAAGGACUGAAAAAGGACACCUCCCCCAGUUUUUAUUCUACGCUGCCCGAAACAAUUGAGACUAAUUUUGCGAAACAACAAUCAGCAAUGCGAAGUGAGGUAAAUAAUAUGUAUGUGUGUAUAUACUGUUAGAAUACACAGGAAGUACAAUGUGCAUUCUCACAGAAUGACAAAAAAAAAGAAGGGAAAUUCAUUACAAUAUAAUUUUUUAAAAAUGUUUUUGCUCUGAGUAGAAUCUCAGAAAAAUCAUGAAUAAUUUAAUUCAGUCUAUCACGUAUUUUAGUUUGUGGGUCAGUGCUUGGAAAUGUUUCGUGUUGCCUCUUCAUUAUCCAAUUUAUCCAAACAAAACCAGAAGGAGUACAUUUCUUGAUGAUUCACAAGGAUAUAUCCUCCAAUCUUUUUAAUGGUUCAAUCAUGUUGACUCAAAUUAUUUUCCACCAUUUUGUAGAUAAAGUAUAAAGAGGAUGGGAAAGAGAACUCCUUUAGCCUCUACUCUCUGCUCCCAGAGACGCCAGAGACCCAGUUUGCAAAAGAGGUCUCCGACUUACAGAGUGAGGUAAUUUCAUGGCGCAGUAGGCCAAUGACUCAUACAUAUGAGUCACUGAUUGAUUAGAAGGAUUUUGGGUAACACUUUAUAAUACCUUUCAUGAAUAAUCAUUAUAAAUGCUCAUACAUAAUUAUGCUUAGUCAUUGUAGAUGUUUUCAAAUAAUGAAAACGUAUUUUUAGUUUAUAAAUACUUAAAUGCUAAGUCAUUGAAGUUGUUAGAAAGUAUUACAGAAUUGUAUCAUGAACUUUAGAGAAGGUUUAAGAAGAUUCAGGAUCAAGAAACACAUGUCUGUGUCUCCUCCUUCAGCUCAAGUAUACAGAGGGGGGGAAGCAGAAGAUCUCGACAAGCCUGUAUUCUCUGCUCCCCGAGACCACAGAGACCCAGUUGGCCAAGCAGAUGUCUGAAAUGCAGAGCGAGGUGAAUAUUCAUUCCAAACAAAAUCUAACUUUCGUUAAAGUUCACUUAACACUUGUCUACACAAGGGCCCUGCAUUGUGAAUUGAUUGUUUUCUUGUGGUGUUGCAGACCAAGUACAAGGAAGCAGGCAAGAGGGAGGUGGUCACUUCUUUGUACUCUCUACUCCCCGAGACCAAGGACAUCCGGCACGCCAAGGAAGCGUCCCAGUUACGGAGUGAGGUACUAUAUAGCAUUUAGAUUUAAUUUUCACCACAUUUAUUUUACCUAUCCAAUACUUUCAAACUACACAAGUGCCUAGCUUGAGAUCAUUAAACAAGUAUUAAUACUUACUCAUCUCUCUCUGUUUCUCAGAUCAAAUACAAAGAGAGUGGGAAGAAGGACAUCUCAACCUCCCUCUACUCUCUACUCCCAGAGACCACAGAGAUCCAGUUUGCCAGAGAAAUGACAGAGAUGCAGAGCGAGGUGGCUGGACAUUUAGUUCAUAACUUCUGUUUUGGGUGCUUUUCUGUAUAAUGAUUGAGAAUUAACCAACAAAUUAGAAUGAUUAUAUAUCACAAUACUUUCCUUUUUCCAGAAUAAAUACAAAGAAGAAGGAAAAAGGCGUAUCUCCACGAGUGUGUACUCUCAGCUUCCAGAAACCACCGAGACACAGUUUGCGAAAGCUGUCUCUGAACUUCAGAGUGAGGUUAGCAACUAUUAUUCCUUAGUUAAGGGACAAUUUUCUUACAUAUUUGUUCCAUUUGGAAUGAUGGCGAUGCCCAUCAACAUUGUAUAGAUCCUUGAGUAAAUUCAUUGGAAAUACAUACUGAAUAAAAUGCUGAAUCUUUUUUCCUCCAUUUAGAUGAAGUACAAAGAAGCAGGGAAGAAGGGAGUUUCUAGUUCUCUCUACUCCACCUUACCAGAAACAAUGGAGACCCAGCACGCCAAAGAGGCUUCCCAGCUACAGAGUGAGGUAGAGUAUGAACAGGAAUGGGAAGUAGUGAACUACAUGUAGUUCAACUAGUAAUUUAAAUGCAUUUAAAUGCAUGUGAUGUUUCCUUUAUUCCAGCUAAAGUACAGGGAAGGACUGAAAAAUAACACCUCCCCCAGUUUCUAUUCUACGCUGCCCGAAACAAUUGAGACAAAUUUUGCGAAACGACAAUCAGCAAUGCGGAGCCAGGUAAAGAAUAUGUCUGUAUAUAUAUGCUGUUAGAAUACACAUCAUGCAUGUACAAUGUGCAUUCUUGCAGAAUGACUACGACUAAAAUAGUUUUUGGGUUGUUUAUUUAAAUUUGGUCUGAGUACGAUCUCAGAGAAAUCUUGAACAAUUUGAUUUCAGGUUAUUAAAUAUUUUAGUAUUUUGGUCAGUGAUUAGAAAUGUUUCUUGUCGCUUCAUAUUCAAUUUAUCCAAACAACUACAGGUAUAAGUGAAUCUUUGGGGAGGCUUUUGUGUGGGAAGAUAUAAGUUAUUCUCACUGGUUUUUGGCAAUGAUUUUGUAGGCUUGGUUUCAAUGAUCUCUGGUUCAUAAGCUGUCAUCUUCAUUUCUACUAUACCAGAUCAAGUAUAAAGAAGAUACUGAGGAGAACUCUAGCAACCUCUACUCUCUGCUCCCCGAGACAGCAGAGACACAGUUUGCAAAGCAGAUGUCUGAAAUGCAGAGCGAGGUAAAUAUCUGUUUAGAAUCACCAAACAUCAACAUGGGCUGAAUACAUUUCUAACUUGAGAAAUUUUACAGUGAAAAUCUCUCAUUGACAUCAGUUUAUUUAUUUAUGCAAAAUGUGAUUCUCAAAAUUGGAUGUUUCCUUUAGUCAAUAACUGAAGCCAGAGAAGGAGGAAUUCCCUUUCCAAGAGAAACACAGAAACAUUUAUCCUUUUUCUUUAUCGAUCUUCAUGUACAAAAAAUGCUGUUUAAUCAGAGAAUACCUGCACGUUUCUAUUAUGUCUACAAAAGUAGCAGUGUCUUUUGUUGCUGUUGUUUUCCAGACAAAAUACAAAGAAGCAGGGAAGAAAGAGGCCUCCACUUCUCUCUACUCCACCUUACCAGAGACUUUGGAGACCCAGCACGCCAAAGAGGCUUCACAGCUACAGAGUGAGGUAAGAACAUGGGCUGCCCAUCUGAUGUCUGUACAUUACAUUUUUCAUCAUAACUAAUUCAGAGGAAACCCUUCCUGUUACUGACAAACAUACAUUACUUCAGUAUCAAACGUCAGUGUACCUUUCCAUCUAAUGGAAUAAAGCCUGAGCGUUCCAAGAUGAAGCAAAUCUCUGCCUGUGUUAUUUGAGUGCUCCAAUGCCUUUACCAUAAAUAAGUCCACAAUUGGAAGUUUAUUUUGGGUAAGCCCAAUUUAUGGAUUCCUGUCUUUGUUGUUGAGCAGCACCCCUCCUACUUUACUUUGUUUGCUGAAGCACGGAGGCCUACCUCAACUCACAUCCAUUACUUUGUUUUCCAGCUCAAAUACAAAGGUGAGAAAGUCUUCUCUGGUUCGGCUUACUCUCAACUCCCUGAGACGAUGGAGACAGAGAGAGCUCGGGAGCUCACAGAGAUGCAGAGCGAGGUGAGCAUGAAUGCUACUGGAAUUAACAUAAUGUUGUUAUAGUCAUUCUGCUAUCAACUUCAAUUGGCACUCCAGAUUUCUAUAGACAUAAGCCGGGUUCAGAAACAAUUCCCCUAGGUACUGAAUGUAGUUCUAAAAUAAAUACAUAGGUAUAAGCAAUAAGGUAGUAGCUCCACCUUGCCCUAUGUCUAGGUGUAUUUUAUACCAUAUUUAUUUGACCUAUCCAAUAAUUUCAUAUCUACACAAGUGCCUAGCUUGAGAUCAUUAAACAAGUAUUAAUACUUACUCAUCUCUCUCUGUUUCUCAGAUCAAAUACAAAGAGAGUGGGAAGAAGGACAUCUCAACCUCCCUCUACUCUCUACUCCCAGAGACCACAGAGAUCCAGUUUGCCAGAGAAAUGACAGAGAUGCAGAGCGAGGUGGCUGGACAUUUAGUUCAUAACUUCUGUUUUGGCCGCUUUUCUGUAUAAUGACUGAGAAUCACCAAAAAAAGUAGAACAAUUAUACACUACAGUGCAUUCGGAAAGUAUUCAGACCCCUUGACCUUUUCCACAUUUUGUUAUGUUACAGCAUUAUUCUAAAAUGGAUUAAAUUGUUUUUUCCCCUGAUCAAUCUACACACAAUACACUAUAAUGACAAAGCAAAAACUGGUUUUUAGACAUUUUAGCAAAUUUAUAAAAAAUUAAAAAAUGGAAAUAUCACAUUUACAUAAGUAUUCAGACCCUUUACUCAGUACUUUGUUGAAGCACCUAUGGCAGCGAUUACAGCCUCGAGUCUUCUUGGGUGUGACGCUACAAGCUUGGCACACCUGUAUUUGGGGAGUUUCUCCCAUUCUUCUUUGCAGAUCCUCUCAAGCUCUGUCAGGUUGGAUGGGGAGCGUCGCUGCACAGCUAUUUUCAGGUCUCUCCAGAGAUUUUCGAUCGGGUUCAAGUCCAGGCUCUGGCUGGGCCACUCAAGGACAUUCAGAGACUUGUCCCGAAGCCACUCCUGUGUUGUCUUGGCUGUGUGCUUAGGGUCGUUGUCCUGUUGGAAGGUGAACCGUCACCUCAGUCUAAGGUCCUGAGCGCUCUGGAGCAGGUUUUCAUCAAGGAUCUCUCUGUAGUCUUUCCCUCGAUCCUGACUAGUCUCCCAGUCCCUGCCGCUGAAAAACAUCCCCACAGCAUGAUGCUGUCACCACCAUGCUUCACCGUAGGGAUGGGGCCAGGUUUCCUCCAGACGUGACCCUUGGCAUUCAGGCCAAACAGUUCAAUCUUGGUUUUAUCAGACCAGAGAAUCUUGUUUCUGAUGGUCUGAAAGUCUUUAGGUGCCUUUUGGCAAACUCCAACUGUUGUGUGACUUUUACUGAGGAGUGGCUUCCAUCUGGCCACUCUGCCAUAAAGACCUGAUUGGUGGAGUGCUGCAGAGAUGGUUGUCCUUCUGGAAGGUUCUCCCAUCUCCACAGAGGAACUCUGGAGCUCUGUCAGAGUGACCAUCGGGUUCUUGGUCACCUCCCUGACCAAGGCCCUACUCCCCCGAUUGCUCAGUUUGGCCGGGUGGCCAGCUCUAGGAACAGUCUUGGUGGUUCCAAACUUCUUCCAUUUAAGAAUGAUGGAUGCCACUGUGUUCUUGGGGACCUUCAAUGCUGCAGAAAUAUUUUGGUACCCUACCCCAGAUCUGUGCCUCGAACACAAUCCUGUCUUGGAGCUCUACGGACAAUUCCUUCGACCUCAUGGCUUGGUUUUUGCUCUGACAUGCACAGUCAACUGUGGGACCUUAUAUAGACAGGUGUGUGCCUUUUCAAAUAAUGUCCAAUCAAUUGAAUUUACCACAAGUGGACACCAAUCAAGUAGAAACAUCUCAAGGAUGAUCAAUGGAAACAGGAUGCACCUGAGAUCAAUUUGAAGUCUUCAGUUUUGUAUUUUUAAUACAUUUGCAAACAUUUCUAAUAACCUGUUUUCGCUUUCUCAUUAUGCGUUAUUAUAUGUAGAUAUAUGGGGGAAAAAUGUAUUUAACUUAGAAUAAGGCUGUAACGUAACAAGAUGUGGAAAAAGGGAAGGGGUCUGAAUACUUUCCGAAUGCACUGUAUAUAUACAAAAGUAUGUGGACACCCCUUCAAUUCGGCUACCCCUAGUGGAUUCGGCUAUUUCAGCAACAGGUGUAUAAAAUCAAGCACACGGCCAUGCAAUCUCCAUAGACAAACAUUGGCAGUAGAAUGGCCUUACUGAAGAGCUCAGUGACUUUCAACAUGGCACCGUCAUAGUAUGCCACCUUUCCAACAAUUCAGUUCGUCAAAUUUCUGCCCUGCUAAAGCUGCCCCGGUCAACUGUAAGUGCUGUUAUUGUGAAGUGGAAACGUCUAGGAGCAACAACGGCUGGUAGGCCACACAAGCUCACAGAACGGGACUGCCGAGGGCUGAAGCGCGUAGCGCGUAAAAAUUGUCUGUCCUCGAUUGCAACACUCACUACCGAGUUCCAAACUGCCUCUGGAAGCAACGUCAGCACAAUAACUGUUAGUCGGGAGCUUCAUGAAAUGGGUUUCCAUGGCCGAGCAGCCGCACACAAGCCUAAGGUCACCAUGCGCACAAUGCCAAGCGUCGGCUGGAGUGGUGUAAAGCUGGCCACCAUUGGACUCUGGAGCAGUGGAAACGUGUUCUCUGUAUUGAUAAAUCACGCUUCACCAUCUGGCAGCCCUACGAACAAAUCUGGGUUUGGCGGAUGUCAGGAGAACUAUGCCCCAAUGCAUAGUGCCAACUGUAAAGUUUGGUGGAGGAAGAAUAAAGGUCUGGGGCUGUUUUUCAUGGUUUGGGCAAGGUCCUUUAGUACCAGUGAAGGAAAAUCUUAACGCUACAGCAUACAAUGACAUUCUAGACGAUUCUGUGCUUCCAACUUUGUGGCAACAGUUUGGGGAAGGCCCUUUCCUGUUUCAGCAUGACAAUGCCCCAGUGUACAAAGCGAGGUCCAUACAGAAAUGGUUUGUCGAGAUUGGUGUGGAAGAACUUGACUAGCUUGCACAGAGCCCUGACCUCUACCCCAUCGAACACCUUUGUGAUAAAUUGGAAUGCCGACUGCGAGCCAGGCCUAAUCGCCCAACAUCAGUGCUCGAUCUCACUAAUGCUCUUGUGGCUGAAUGGAAGCAAGUCCCCGCAGCAAUGUUCCAACAUCUAGUGGAAAGCCUUCCCAGAAGAGUGGAGGCUGUUGUAGCAGCAAAGGGGGGACCAACUCCAUAUUAAUGCCCAUGAUUUUGGAAUGAGAUGUUCGACGAGCAGGUGUCUACAUACUUUUGAUCAUGAAGUGUAUAUCGCAAUACUUUAUUUUUUCCAGAAUAAAUACAAAGAAGAAGGAAAAAGGCGUAUCUCCACGAGUGUGUACUCUCAGCUUCCAGAAACCACCGAGACACAGUUUGCGAAAGCUGUCUCUGAACUUCAGAGUGAG